ACCCUCUUCCUCCACGAUGAAGAAGCCUGGCACUCUUUUCCUGGGUGGCUUCAUCUUCCUGGUCCUGUGUGGAGUUGAAGGAACCUCUAUCAUAAGGUAUCAGCGCUGUUCCUGCAUCAGCACUAGCCAAGGGAAAAUCAACUCAAAAACCUUAAGAGACCUCAAACAAUUUGCCCCAAGCCCUACCUGUGAGAAGAUGGAAAUCAUUGCCACAUUGAAGAACGGGGAUCAAACAUGUCUAAACCCAGAUUCAGAGCAUGUCAAGAAACUGGUGCAAGACUGGGAGAAACAGAUCAGCCAAAAGAAGAAGCAAAAGAAAAUGAAACAUCAAAAAAGCAAAAAAGUUCGAAAAGUUAAUAAACCCAAACAGCGUCGUCAAAAGAAGACUGCCUGA